AUGAGCACUCCCUUGGGAGUAAACUGCCCAUCAGCACCUGGAAGCCUUCAAGGCUUCAACCUUAUGCCCCAGAUGAUGGCGAGCUUCCUGUGGCAACAUUUCAUCAAUCAAGUGCUGACUACCCAAGGGAACAACAAUAACAACAACAACACAGGUGCAAGAGUGGAAGAAGAUUUAGCCAAGCCUUACAAGCCAAGUAACCUCUCGUGCUUCUCACAGCAAAUAGCCGAUUAUGAUUUUCAAACGAAGAUUAAGAUGCCGUCCCACAUCAAAACAUAUGAUGGGACUGAAGAUCCUGAAGACCAUCUUCAGAUCUUUACUGGUGCAGCUAGGAUUGAGAAAUGCCAGAAUCUGGUAAAUGAUUUACCUGCUCGAAGCGUUCGAAGCUUCGAUGACCUUAGCAAGGGGUUCCUGGCCAACUUCUCUCAGCAGAGGCAAUACGUUAAACAUGCUACAGUAAUCUUUCAGAUAAAACAAAGGGAUGACGAAAGCCUUCGAGAGUUUAUCGAAAGGUACAAGAAGGAAGGUCUCACAUAUGGAGGGGCAGACGAAAAAAUGAGAGUGGCCGGAUUCAUGAUCGCCAUUACAUCCAAAUAUCUCACAAGAGAUUUCAACAAAUCCCUGCCCAAGACCUUGGAAGAAGCUCUCGAAAGGGCUGAAGCCCACAUCCGGGGAGAGGAGGCUGUAGACAUUAAAGAGCAAAGAAAAAGGGGAUCAAGCUGGCGAGGCAACAGCCCAGCUAGAAAAAUGGGAAACUUUAACUCCUAUGACAGAUGCCAAAGGGGUUCAAAGCAACGAAGGUCUGAAGGCCGAAACCCUCCAAGCAGGGAAAGGACCACGAACUUCACACCCCUUACCAAGACCCCUCAAGAGAUUCUUGCCACGGAAGAAGUGAAACAAAGCUUUCGACCUCCCAGACCUCUCCCUAAAAGCAAGAAGAACGAAAACUCCACCCAAUACUGUGAAUUUCAUGAAGAAAAGGGCCACCACACUAAUGAUUGUAUUGCUUCCAGCUUAAGAAGAGGAUUUAAGAGGCCGUUAAAUCCGGGGAACUUGCUCACUUGGUGA